CGGCAGGCGGUCGAGAACCAGAAUUUUUUUUUUAAAGAAUAAGCUCAGUAUAAAUUUCUGUUGGGAGGCGAAGGAAAGGCCCAGAAUCCAGCGGCUAUGGCGGUCCGGUGCCUCUCCUCUCCUUUCUCCCCUCCUUCGAAUCCGGUGAACCCUAGAGUCCUCAUCUCCAAAUCCGUUAGCCUGGUCUCAGCUAAUAGCCACCGUCCUUUUGUUACAUCAGAAAGGAAUCACCGAAUUUAUUCGCUGAGGAAAGCUAAAGGAUCAGCUGAAGGGGAUCUUCUCACGAGAGAAGUGGAUAUUGCUGCCAACAAAGCCGAUGAUAAAGAUUAUGGGGUUUUUAGCAUUCACCAUGUUGGAUUGCUGUGCGAAAACCUUGAAAAGUCACUCGCAUUUUAUAAAGACCUUCUGGGUCUUAAGAUAAAUGAAGCAAGGCCACAUGAAAAACUACCAUAUAGAGGGGCUUGGUUAUGGGUGGGUUCUGAGAUGAUUCAUUUGAUGGAGCUUCCAAAUCCUGAUCCCUUGACAGGACGCCCUGAACAUGGUGGUCGAGACCGUCAUGCUUGUAUUGCAAUUAGAGAUGUGUCCAAGCUUAAGGCGAUCUUUGAUAGAGCUGGAGGCAGCGAUAGGCGGCGGCCUUGUGAGAUAUCGAUCGGGAAUUGGUUGGCGAGCAUACCUCUAAUUGAUGACUCGAAUUAGGUAUACUCUCAGCCGUUCGGGGAGGCCAGCAAUCUUUACACGAGACCCAGAUGGCAAUGCACUGGAAUUCACACAAGUUGACUGAACGCAUCAUCUCUGAAAGAUCUAAAUUCAAACAGCAUGAGACAUUUAUUUCAUCUAAUGUUCCUCCACUCCCCCAAAAGUGUGUUGUAUAUAGGUCGUCAUAAUGAUCAUCAUGAUUAAACUGAUUGAACGGUAUUGUUCAUAUCUGAUAUGAUGUUCCAGUUAGUUUGAGGUGAUAUAAUAUUAAUGAAAUAGAUGCUGUGUUUAUAUCA